CAGAUCCCCAGACCACUAACAACAUGACACCGGCAGCAACCUUCCCACAAGCAGCGGCCAUGGCGUACUUGGCCUCCCUGCAGAGCUUCCUCCCGCCCACGGCCCACGCGGUGAUGUCGUCGUCCCAGCACCGGCCCAACCACGCCCGCCCCUUCCAGUGCGCGGCCGUUUCCGCCCCGUCGGCGGCGGCCGCCUCGCCGUCGGCCUCGGCCGUCCCGGCGGAGCGGCUGGAGCCGCGGGUGGUGCAGCGCUGCAACGGGAGGGCGGGUACUGGGUGCCUGACAAGCUCACCAAGCUGCCCAUGGAGCAGAUCGACGCCGACAAGCUCACCAAGCAGGACGUCAACGUGCGGCUCAAGUGGCUCGGCCUCUUCCACCGCCGCAAGCAGUAGUGUAUACCCCUGCUCUGUCAAGGUUCUGAGGCAUUAUCUUGUUGAGGAAUCAUGUUGAGAUCAAUCACAAACAUCAUUGCGGCGGUGGAGCACUUGCUCAGCAACAGCAACAGAGGCGGGGGCGGGCGCGGAGAGGAAGACCCUGGGCUUGGAGGAGAGGUUGAGCAGGGCCAACGCGGCGAUGAAGACCCUGGGCCAGAGUGGCGACGAAGACCAAGCGCCGCGACGGCGACCAAAAUUGUCCGCGGCGACGGCGGCCAAGGCGGACCAAAUCGAGGACCUAGUCGUCAAUUUACUGCUUCUUGGCACGAUUCAGAGGGAGGUGACGAAGAGGAAGAACUUUAGGAGCAAUCCCGCUGCUCAGGUAGGCGAGGGCACACCCAUGGCAACUGCGCGCAGCUGGGCGGCGGCGCAAGGCGCCUCCGUGGAGGUUCUGCGCGUCUCCUCCGCGACGACGCAGGUCGUCUCCUGCACAGGCGGCUGGGUCCUGCAACACGCGGAGACUCUCUCUGGGUGCUGAGGAGAACGGGGGAGGAAGACGGGGGAUGGUGGCCGGAGCCGGCGACGCGCGAGGGACGGUGGAGAACUGAGGAAGGAGACGGGGGCGUUUUUUCAAAUGAUUCGAAAGUAUCAGGACAUGUUUGCAAAAUGCAUAAUGUACAGCACGCGCGACAUCUAAAUCCGAACGGAGGGAGUACUACUAGUAAACGCGGACAGUGGGAUCAAGUUAAAAGAAGUGCUAUUCAGCCGAACCCAAAGACAAAAUAGCUGAAAUUUCUGAAUUUUUAAGUGGUGACAGAAAUUUGGAACCAUCACAUGUCAUGGCAUCCCCCUUUGUCUCUUCCCUUCUAAUCCAACUCUCUCUGAGACCUUCAUGAAUAUAUAACCUUAUCAAAACCCCUCACUCACAUUCAGUUGAGACCUCAGACUCACACCCAGCUCUGCCUCAGCGGCUCAGCCACAGCAGCGCCUCUGUCUCUCGCUAGCUGUCCUGCCCGACAUACAUGGAGAUGGACAGUGAGCCGUCGACGCCGAGCCAGUCCUCCUACUUCACCGGCUGCAUGGCCACCCCGGCGUGGCUGCCGGCCCUGCAGCGGAGCCCCGGGCGGUUCCACCUCCUGUCGCGCGACGGCGGGCGCGACGGCGGGCGGCGGGCGUGGAUGCGGCUGCUCAGGCGGCUGGUGAGGAAGAGCGCCUGCUGCCCCAGCCCCAGGGCGCCGCCCAUGAUCACCUUCCAGUACGACGCCGCCAGCUACGCCAAGAACUUCGACGAAGGCCGCCGGCCCUCCUCCGCCUCCGCCGCCGCCGACAAGCCGGCCGCCGGCCAGCUGAUCGACCCGGCCGAGAGCCUCAGAUGACUCCUUGUGUUUUCCUCUGAUUUUCCUUGUCGUCGGUUCGCGCGUAGCUGUUGUUCCUCGGUGGCGGUAGUUGCGACGUCGGUGUCCAUGUCUCGGCGGAAAAUCGCUGCUUGUACAGAAGAUGCAGACUGUUCUUGUCCAAAUGUGCAUGACUCCCUCUCGAGUCGAGUCU